UGAGGGGAACAACAACAGCUGAUAUAUAUGUGUGUUGGUGUGUGUGGGCACAUUGUGUUACAGUUGGACGUGGGCUAACACAUGGUAGAGCAGCCCAGCUCUGAGAGAGAGAGAGAGAGCGAGAGAGAGAGAGAGAGAGAGAGAAAGAGACGGGGUAUAUGAGAGGAAAGGGGAGUAAGUUAAAGGGAGGGAGGGAGAGAGAGAGAGAAAGAGAGAGAGAGACAGCGAGAGGGGCAGCCUGCCAGUGAUGGUAACACAGGAUCAACCCUAAACCUUCGGUACCUGUACUUAGAUGAGCUCAUACACACACAUACACAUACAGCCAUGCUGGAAUAAAUAUACAGAAAACCGGUCAGCGCUUUUUAACUAAAAACCUUUAACUGGCAUCAAAUAAAGGGAUCAUAAUGGAGGAAGAAACUCUGUUACGAGAGAGACUGCAAGCUAUAACGGACAAACGACGAAUUCGGGAGGAGAUAGAAAAGAAAAGAAGAAACGCUGAAGAAGAGAAAUUUAAACUUCAGUAUUUAAAGAAGAAAACCCUGCGAGAACAAUGGCUGAUGGAUGGAUUAAAUACCCUUAGCGAAGAGGAACAAGAAUCUGCGAAAGCUCAAACUGAGGACAUCCAGCACCAGGCUGAACUUCUACAGAGCAAUAUUGACCGAAUAGAGGUGGAGAUUGGAGAUUUGGAGACACAGGAACUGGAGAUAUCCGCCAAGGAAGAGAUUAUUUUAAAGCAAUUGAAGGAGGUGGAAAAAACCACAGAAGACAUCAUAAAGGGAGCUACAACCGAGGUUGAAGAGGUGGAUAGAUUGGAGGACGGUGGCACUGGUCAUUCUCAUUUACAGAAUCCAGAACAUUCAGAACUGAAGUCCCUAUCUGAGCCGGUAACCAUGGAAACAAACGAACACUCCGGCACAGCAAACAUAAUCGAUUGUGAAAUGGAAGUCCUGGAGACUGAGUUACCUGAGAGCAAGGACACCGAAAACAAAGACCAAGUCAACUAUGAUGAAGACGUAUUAGAGACUGUUAGUGCAAAAGUAGUGGCAGAUGUUUUAUCGGGUUUGCCUUCUGAAAAGAACGAGACCGACGAGCCUGCGGAGGCUCUUGUGUUAGAGGACACCAGAGAAGAACUUUACCGCAACGAGUCAAUUACCUCUUCAAUCUCCGACACUCCUUCGAGUGUGGAGAGUGUGUGCGAGAAUGAUGUCUUGCAUAGGAGGCAAGAUUCAACCAGGCAGGAACCAGCAGAGAACAUUGCGACCCAACUUGAAGACACUGACGUUGGAGAAAUGUUAGACCCUUUGGGUACAGAAGCGCAGGAAGCCAUCUUGGAUGAUUUUGGAUGUGACGAUCAAGACGAAACCAUCCUUGAGCACUACAUCCGAGAGGAUGUGCUAUCAGAUGUCUCAACGGAAUCUUGCCACGACCCUGACGAACUGGACGAAUGUCUUCGAGUUGAAAUAGCUGCAGCGUCAUCUGAGAGCGAAACUGAAAUGGAAAAAUGGAGGAACAUUUUCUCAUCGUCCAUCAAUAAGGAAGAUGACGAUUCCUAUAUCGACAGCCUUGAGCUGAGCGCACAGGAACUCUUUAUUCAAAAACCUGAAGUUCGGAAUGGUGAUGAUGAUGAUUUGAAGGAAUCUGAAGAGCAAGAGAUCCCUGUUGCAGAAGAAGUGCUGGAACAACCAGAAGCCGAGCCGAAUCAGCAACUACAGGAGAUAUCUUACAGCGCUACCACGCUGUUCCACGAACUGUCCAAGAUUUCCGAAGACGACGAGGAGCUCGGUCGAGCCUCUGCAACCCAGAAAAGCAAUUCCUUUGAUUCUGUCAAGUCUGAUUCCAGCAAAAAGAUGCCUAAAGAUUAUUGUGUGAUUCAAGAAAUGAAGAGCGAGAACGUCAGCACCGAACAUGUGGAUUUUAAAGUUGCCCGUCAACAGUGGUUAGAGAUAGAAGAGCAAACGAAAAACCUGACGCCCCAUCCAAGCACACCAACUCCAAGAUCUGGGACCUGUCAUAAUUUUAUGUACACGCCAGUGCGCAAUAUUGACAGGCCGAAGCGCGACCUCGAAAGUCUGACGCUUUUAGAAGACUACGCCCAUACGCAGUUCAGUCCCUGCUCUGAAGAUUCAGGGCUAGAUGACUCCAGUUACAGGUCACCGUUCGAUGACCCAGAUACUCCGAUCGAGAUCCGCAUGACGGGUGAACGAGAAGAAAACUUAAGGCGCGACAGAGGAAUGUCAAAAUCCUAUUCCAGUGACUGUGUACAGAUGAGAGCCAGAUCUGUCAGUUUAAACCCUGGAUUACUAUGCCAGGAAGUCGACGAGAAAAGAAAGAUGUUCGAACAUCAGGAGGACAACGGAAGAAUACCGAAAUCUCCCAGUAUCAACACACCUUCAUUCAUCAUUACCUCUUCACCAACCAAAGGCUCGCCAAAACGGGAUAUGGCUGCCAAUAGCGUCAUCAUCCUCGAACCUGAACCUCCGAGCCCACGGCACGGAAGGAUGGUGUCCUCCAAAUCUGCCGACUGGAGAUCAGAGGAUAGCCCAAAUGUCAUUAUCCUGGAAACAUCGAACCUAAUAAUUCGAAGCGCAUCUGAGUUUAACUUAAAUUCUGCCUCGGAGGAAACCCAAGAGAAGAUGUUUCUCAACAACCCAUUUUUUAAGCUGCGGUCCAGGAGCACAAUAUCUCUUGUGGAUGAGGAGAUUAAAGCGGUCAAACAAAGAGAAGAGGAACUCAGACGUCAAAGAGCCAGCAUUUACUCGAAGGACCAUUUUCUGAUGUCUCCGAAUCGUUUGGAUGGAUCACUGUUUAGUAAUUCAGAUGAUGUGCCAAUUAAAUGCAAGUCAUCCCCUUCAUCCCCAAUGAAAACAUGCAGAAUGGAUCGUUCAGUUCUGUCAUGUGAUCAUCGAUUCCCUGAGACCUAUUCAGGAGAACGACGUAAAAGUGCCAUGGCUUUGCGUUGGGAGGCGGGGGAGUUCGCAAGCAAUGAUUAAAUAAUGCAGGAUGGACAUCAAUGUAGAAGAUUUUCAAUGCUCAGACUCUUGUUUGUUUAUCGUGACUGCAUACACACUUGCUACUGCUGCUUGUGUAACUUUGUUAUUGAUCCAGAAAAUCCUUGUAUAAGCCAAGAUGCCUAAAUGUUAUUUGAUUGUAAUGUUU